AUGUCUCUAUAUUUUCACAAAAAAGCCAUCCGUAUCAGUUCGUCCAGACUGUCAGAGCUUCUCAAAACGUACGAAGCUAAUGGACACGGAAAAAAGGUCGACUACCCAGAGGACGAUCAGGAACGGCAUGAUAAAUGCGCAGCAAACUUGAUAUCACUAGCUGAGUGCCUAGACGAGGUAAAAGAGUAUACGGAAACGCUCGAGAGCAAAGUUGACAAUAUGGAGCAAGUUUUCAUGGGUAUCAAAUCCAAAACUGAGCAAAAAGAAUGGAUUGCGGAGAUUGAAGAGUUUGAAAAAGAAUCGGAAUAUUCUGAAAUUGUUAACGAGUCCGCCAAUUUCGUGCUCAGGGAAGACGUGGCAAGUGAGUCUUCCAGUCAAAACGUUCAGGAAGACGAACCAGGAGAGUUUAGUACGAUUAGCAAUGAGUCUGCUAACACGCAAACAUUGCCAUGGUCGCCGGGAAGAAUUUCCGGAGUUUGGGCCGUCUUUGAGACGCUCAUACAUGAAAAUGACGAGUUAUCUACAGUCGAAAAAAUUGUACAUCUCAAAGAAAGUUUGAAAGGAGCAGCUGAGAAAGCCAUUCGAGGCAUCAAGCCUGUUCCAGCCAAGCACGACUGGAACACCAAAGAGGGCUCCUCAGUGCGAGGAAAUCAAUGA